UUGUCAUCAAGAGCCAAAGAUUUACAUUAUACGAGUUUAACGAAAUGCAAUGUAUCAAUCCUUCUAGAACAAUCUUGACUCGUCCAUGUAAUUUUCAUAGAUAGUGUAGCUCCAUCUCAAACAAUUACCUUUGUUAAACCAUGUUAACCUUACCGAGUAUUACUGAGUAAUAUUGCAUUCCAGGGUUAAUUAAUUCCAUGGUGCUGUAUAUACUAGCUGUCGCCAACUAUCCCAUUAGUAUAAUGAGACAGUACAAUAAAGCCUCUCGGGCUUAAGAAACCUGCCUUUUGACGCCUUUUCGCUUCAAUGAUUGCAAAUUUCGUUAGGUUGGUUUUCAAGAAAUCGGUUACAUAUACAUCUAUGCAAAUUAUGCUAAUUUUUUUGAAAUGUUAUCUUAAACCAGGGAAAGCAGACAUUGUCCAGAUUCCAUUUAAGCAAAACCAAGCAGAAGGCGCAGCCAAUAGCACAAAAUGUAUCGAUAUCAGCCCAAAAGUGACGAAGGUAAGAUCUCAUUUUCUUUUGCUACGUUUUUAUAGUGGACGUUCCACUUUUGGAGACCUCUGUAACUGACAUGACAUCCCACUAAUUUGAUCAGUGGCUUAAGUUCAAGGAAAACUGAAGGAAAAAAUUCUGACUCGGAAUUUCUCUUUUACAGGCUCUUGAUCACAUUACCAUAAAGUUCUAUAAAGGAACUUUUGGUCACGGUGCUUUAGUUAUUGCGAAUCUGGAUGCAUUUUUAUUUCUGUAGUGCACAAACUUCCAAGGAAUCCUUACUAGCAUCCAUGAUCAUUACGAACUCCACAAUAUACAUGUAGCUGAUUUUAUCGCUCAUCAGUCACGAGAUUCCUCAGGCGAAUAGGCCACUUCUGAGUUCCAAAAACCCUCACUUUUAAAAUGAGGCUGGAUGCAGAACAUUUCUUGUGAAAGUGAGUUUUAUUUGCCUGAGAAUGAAACAUGAUUUCAAUAUCAAAGGCUGAGCACCUAUCUUCGUUUUGAAGCAGAGGCCCGGGGAAACUCGGAAACGGCUUAUUAAUUUUACUGUGAAGAAUUAUACAUGUUGUGAACUUAUGUGCAUUUUCUUGCAGAUUUUUCGUUUAUUUCCGACGAAAACCAACAUAAAAUAAUAAUAAAAAAAAUGUUAAGAGUCCUUGACAGUAGAUCAGUGUCCCAAAGUAAUUCUUAGGACUGAAAAAUUAACGUUCGAUAUCUGCCUUUUUUUCAUUUUCUGUGGGUGGGUAUGUAUGUGUGCGUGGAAUAUUAUUGUAUGUGGUGCGUCUAUUGUUUUGCUUGGUUGAUUGUUGUAGUUAGUAUUGUUGUUCUUUUUCAGACUACAAGAGGUCGUUUACACAAAGCUUCCAUCACUGGAGAUUGCAAUAUUGCAAGGGAACUACUUGAAAGUGAUGUGGAUGUUGACCAAAGGGAUCAGGUUGUUAUAUAUUUCAUUUAUUUAUUUGCUUGAUAUGUUUUUCUAUUUAUUUGUUAACCUUGCUUGUUAUAUAUUUUCUUUCUUCUUUUCCCUUCUUGAGAGUUGGAGGGGGAUGGGAAGGACUUCCUUUUACGGCCAUUUCUAUAUAUUUAACUUUGUUGAUUUCGUGAGAAAAGGUCAUUUUACAGUCGCAGUCUUAGUACGCUAUACUUCAAGUGAGGGCUGAGGUUAGUUGAUCACCUUGGUUUUGUUUUCUUAUGGAAUUUAUAUUUGAAAAAUGCUAUUCACUGUAGCAUUAGAACAACGUGACUUGCAUAAGGAAACAGAAAGGGUUGUAUCAAAAUAAGCCCAACCCUAGUCCUGUUUCAUCUACUGUUCAUGGGCUAUUGUCGUAGGCCAAAAUAAGCAUGCUAAGAUAGAGAGUGAACUCGUUUUAUAUCGUCAUCAUAAAAAUUUGUCCAGCGUUACAUCCUUGCUUUUUCUGUACUCGUUUUUUUAGUUUGCUUUGACCCCUCUUCAUCUUGCUUGCUGGUACGGACAUAAAUCAGUAGUGAAACUGUUACUUAAUCACGGUGCAGACGUUAACGCUUUGGACAAGGUAAGCUAAAUGUACAUAUUUACUCACACAUAUAUACCUGUUCCCAGGUUCUAAUCUUUACUCGUUUUACUUAUUGAGUGUUUUCUUUUCUUCUAUUAUAUGAUCAGUACUCUCAUUUUUUCAGCGUUUUAUCUCCGGUCCCAUAUCAAUUUUUAGUUCUAAUAUGAUUAAACCAAUAAUCCAAAACUAGUUUCUGGCACGAAAAUGAACGCAAAUCUAUAACAAACUAAGCCACAUGUAAAGAAAACGGAGAAGAUCGAGGGUUGGAGGAAAACAGAUAAAGAUAUUUUGCAUGACGCUUUUCUUCAGUAUGAUAACGAUGAUGAUAAUGAUGAUAAUGAAGAUGAUGUAAAAUAUAAAUAAAUGAUUCUGUUAUUUACCCUAGGCAGUAUUUGUAGCACUAAUGAUCGUAGGUCCGUGCAAAGCCAGAGGCAAUCCAGCUGGCUAUUUACAAGCAUAGCCGAGGUUUGAAAUCGGGACUACCGUGCUAGCGGUAAGAGCGGGACUUGGACUCGAAUGGACUUCGGAAUUGCGAUUCUAGCGCUCUAACUACUCGCCCACACUGCCUGAUGAUGAUGGUGAUGCUGAUGAUGAAAUUCAAAUGUUUUUACUUGCAUCCGGCUACGAAUUGGUUGUUUACACUGAUUCGAUUUCAAACAGAUUUCAUACGGCAUAAUUGCUGUAUAUUCAUUGACAAAGGACACUUCAGUCGUAAUCAUCCAUUUACCACUCAUGGUACGAAAAUGAUUUAAUCUCGUACCCCAACCCGUACUCAACCCCGAUUGUAUUCCUGAGUUUGAGAGCAGGGAAAACCCCUUUCUUAUUAUUUUAAUAUUAACCAAAGCAGAGUGUUCAUUGAACUGUCUUUUCCUAUCUACAGUUUUGUCGUACACCACUACAGAAAGCUGAACGCCACAACUACCACUCCAUAGUGACGCUGCUUCUGGAGAGUAACGCAAGACAAAGCUACCAACAACCGGUAUUGCCAUAGCCUCGCACGCUGGCGCUUUUAGGGGAGCUUGUUUUUAAUCCCUCCCCACACACCCCUGCUCAACCGAGAACAACAUUCCUUUCCCAAACUUAGCCAAUUACAUUGUACUUUCCCAAUUCUGGAAAGUUGACCUUGACCGCGGGGUAAUCUGAUAAUUACUCGAUCUGCAUGAAACACUGAGAGAGCUUUCUGGCCUCUUAUAAAUGUUAGAUUCAGAGCGGCAAAAGUAAGAUUUAGUCAAAUUCAGAAUACUCCAUGCACUGCAUAACCUUAGCGAAAGAAAGGAAAGAAGGAAAACGGGUUCCCUAGUGUCACGUUUUAUUCGUGUUUAGUCUUUGAACACUUUAUUUCAAAACUUUCGAUUUGCUUAAAUAAAACAAUGGGAAAAGAGUGUUGUUUUCGGUUGACCGGGGGUUUGUGGGGAGAGAUGAAAAACGAGCUCCCCUAAAAACGCCGGCGGGAGAGACUAGUAUUGCUAUUACCUCCCUUUUUUGUCUUUGACACUCUACACUGACGGCAUUAAAUGUUUGUUGUACUUUUACGGCUCUAUGGCCUGUUUUAGUUUGCUUCAAGAUUGCUGUGACAAGUAAAAAAAAGUGUUUCAGCAAGCAAUAUAAAAUCGCGUUUUGUUAAUUUUACCCUAUCCUCAAAGUGUGAUUCCAGACAUAAGUAAUACAAUAGUUUUAAUUUUAAUACACUUGAUUUCAGGUUAGUCUACAAUUUCUUGCACAGAACGCUUUUUUGACUUUGGAUAAACGAUCUGGGCUAAACUUGCUGCAGGCCGCUGUCUUUCAAGGGGACUAUGAUACUGUUUUCAAAGCGAGUUCCUUGCUCCGUGUUAGCCGUUUUCUGACCGAGAUGAAUUUGAAAACAAGAGGAGACGGUGAGACAGUUUUCAACGGAAAAAGUGCGAUUGAUUUUCUUUCAAGUCUGGACGACAAAAAUAAAGAUCAUGCCAAAAUAGAGAAAGGCUACCUCGCAGGUGUCGAAAAAGACCUCACAAUGACGGAGCUACACCGUAUAAAUGACGGAGAACAAGCGGUAGAACUUGUGUUAAACAAUACUAUGAACAUUGAUACCCCUGGAUUGUGCAAUCGCACUCCUUUAAUGUCGGCGAGUAUAUCAUCAUCUAGUGGGUUUUUUGAGACUCUCAUUGAUCUUGGCGCUGAUGUCAAUGCUCAAAGAACCGAUGACAAAGUGACACCCCUUCAUUUGGCAUCGAAUUGGAAUCACUACAUGGCUGUUCGCUUGCUAAUGGAGAAUGGAGCUGAUGCUAAUAUACCGUGUAAUGAUGGCAAUUCACCACUGCACAUGGCUGCUAGUAAGGGAAAUUUCAAUGUGGUAAGGCUCCUUUUGGAUUAUGGAGCUGAUGUGAAUAUCCCAGAUAAUGAUGGGUACACACCAUUUCACUGCGCAGCGAGUCGGGGUUGUAGUUUUACUGCAGAGCUUUUAAUUGAGAAAGUCAGUAACGUUAAUCUGAGAACUAAGAGAGGAAGAACUCCUCUUUACAUUGCAGUGAAAAACCAGCAUGAACAGCUUAUCAAAAUGUUACUUGAACACAAAGCUGAUGUGAGUAUGGGAUACAGCGAAGACACGGAAGAAAGAAUUUACCUUGUUCGCGGAACCGACAGAGGUAAACCAGCUUGGCACUAUGUUCUGGCAGACAAACAUUUACUAGGUUUAUUUCUGAAAAAAACAAAUGGAGGCUCUCUUGACGUGAAGGAUUUUGGAACUGUUCUUCGCAGUGGGUGGGGUCAGAAUCCUCCAGCCGGUACCAUUGACCAGAUACUAAAAGAGAAGAGUGCCAUGUUCGAAGAAAUACCAGGUGAGAGUCUUCUUCACGUGGCAUGUAGAAAUAACGAUGCCGUAGCAAUCGACUUGCUGGUAAAGCACGGAGCUUGGAAUCUUAACCCCCGCGAUGCAGAAGGUUUCACUCCACUGCACAUUGCAGCGAUUCACGGUAACAUGCAAGCUGUAGAAAAACUUGUUGACCUUGGAGCUGAUGCCAGUCAGGCUGAGGCCGUGGCGGACCUAGCUCAAAUAAACGAAGAAUAUGACAUUGAAUCUUUUCUCAGGCCCAAGACCGUUUAUUUACUAGAAGCAAAGAAAGGAGAACAGGUUAAGGAAACAGAAGAAGUCGAGUUAGAUGUUAGACUAAGAAAUUUUUUUAGAGAAGCCGGCAGUAUAGGUCGUGAAGUGGUUCAACUUGCCGUUGAAAGCAUACACAGAGCUAUUACAUAAUUCGUAAAGUACAAUUCAUAUUGCCAUUAAAACCAGUUUUACAAAUAAAGUUCAUGUUGCCGUGCGUCUGUUCAUUCACAGGUCACAUACGCGCGCUCAAGGUAAGAAAGGUAGGAGUGGUACGCGAGCGGCAUGAGUCCAGGCUGUUUUUACCAUAUCUUAACGACUUCUGUGAUCUAUUGCUGAACAUACGAACGGCAAAGUGAAAUCUAUUCUUUUGAUAGAAUGAACAGAAAAAAAGGGAGGACCCAUAGCUGUCCCAUGUAUAAUUGUUGCUGUACCGAAAAUACGUCGAAGUUAGGCAAACGUUUAGAAGGCGCAUAGUGUCGUCUGCGGUAGUUCUACAUGUACAGUAUAGAGUUCUUUAUAUAUAGUGUUCUCAGAGCAGUCCAGAAAAAGGUGAAAUUAAGACACUGGUGAACAUCCAUUUCACAUCAUGACACGCGUUUUUGCUCGUCAGAUAUCUGUAUUAUUUUGAUGGCAUUAAUAAAGUUUUCAGUAGACUUU